AUGGGAAGGCUUCACCUUGUCCAUAUGGAGGGAAGGAUCUACAGCUGCAAGCACUGCGGGGCACAUAUGGCCCGGUAUCAGGACAUCCUCUCCAGGGUGAGGCGAACCGAAACACUGUGUGCCCAUUUUUCUCUUUCCUCCCCCCCCCCCUCCCCGCUCGCCCUCACCGUGUUUGUGGAUCUUCUACCGUCCCGAGUGGUCCCAAGGAAAAUUCUUUGUCCGAUCGACAUUCUAGGCUGAUCAGAGCAGAGUUUUAAGCCCUCGAAUUUGGCCAUCAGUUGCUAACACGCCUUCGGUUUUUGGUGGUCGUUGGCCGGGAAUUAUGCACCGUAGUGCAGUGCAUAACGUAAGCGCAUGGAUGUUCAUCAAACCACAUGUUCACAUUCAUACUUUAUCAAUUGUAUCUACCUCGAACAUGCUUUCUUGGAUUUUAAGAAUUCGUUGCGGGCGGACAGUUCGUGGAUUCCUCCUGUCUCACGUUGUUCUCCUCCGACGGUUCUCGCCGUACCUCAACUCCGAUUCAUCCACUGGACAUCUUCUUUUUCCUUUCAUCCAUAUUUUUGUUGUGUGGCGCGGACGCUCCCUUGGUUUCGCGGCAUUGGACGUGCCAACUACUCGUUUUUAGAACAUGCAGCACAUAUCCAUACAAAAUGUGGGUCAUGAUGAGAUGAUGCGAGUCCUGGCAGCAGCAGAUUUAUUUCCUAGACAUGUGUGAUGGCUAUCAUGUUUUCUCUUGAUAUCUAGCUCUUGGUCUGCUGUGCUUUGGCCACCAUCUCCAGUUUGGGCUAAUAUCAGCUUAGACUUUCUUCAGUUCGAGUCAAUGGAGAUGUUGGGUAUUUGCCAAAUAAGUGGGGCGAUCUCUUGGCGAGAUGGUCUCCACAUUCGUCGAAAAGGCUCUUAACUCUGGCGCUCCCUUUCUUCAUCACCUUCACUUUUGAAUACUAGCCGAAUAAGACACGGUCGCUCUCUAGUUCGAAGGUGAUGGAGAGCUAUGCAAGCCAUUGAAUCAUCGAGCCUGAUUUCCAUUGAACUGUCCAUCUCAGGUUCCUCUGGACGACGGGAUGCGCACUCUUUCUUUCAUUCUUUCUUUCUUUCUUCAUUAUGUUUUCGUCAGACUGCCUGUUCUUGCUAAGCACAUGUUUCCAGGGUUAUUUGCUCGAGCUUUUCAUGUGUUUAUUGGUUUGGGACCUUAUGAUUUAUUUACUAGCUGUUUCUAGGACCUCUAUGCUGUGAUUUUAUCUAGCGCAGCUUAUCUUCCGCUGUUUUAAAAUGGGCAUCUUGCUUCUACCAUUUUAUUCAGCUAGAGUCAUAGCUAGGAACAGAGAGAGAGAGAGAGAGAGAGUAUGAAAGUCUUGGGUGUGACAAUUCAUCUGCUUAAACAUUCUGACCCUGUUUUGCAUGUUUGCUUUUUCUCUUUUUUUGGGCGCAGACCUUCCAUUGCAGGCAUGGGAAGGCCUACCUAUUUGCUAGAGUGUGAGUUCCCCAUGGCUCAACGGGUUUGCAAAUGUUUCCGCUCUGUGAGCUUCCAUAAGCCCAAUUUUCACCAGCCAACACGUCGACCCGUGUGGGCAGAACCUGUCUCGAUUGCGCAUGCUUUUCGGUUUUAGGGUUGAAAUGAAGGAAUGAGCCUGACAUGCUCUCGUCGGUGGGUGCAUGGCAGCGUUAAUGUGUCAGUCGGGAAGAACGAGGAGCGGCAGAUGAUGACCGGGAUGCACACCGUCGCCGACGUAUUCUGCGUGGGCUGCGGCUCCGUCGUCGGAUGGGUCUACGUACGUAAUGAGGGGGCACACGGAAUGAAAGCUCCUCCCCCCUCCUCACCCUGCUGAUUGACUGGUUCGUGCCCUCAAAUUGCAGGUGCUCGCCCACGAGAAGAGCCAGAAGUACAAGGAAGGGAAGUUCGUCCUUGAGAGGUGCCAUACCCUGCCGUGCUGUGCUCUUGUUGCUGCUAGAAGCAGGACUAAUUGCAGAGUUAACCGACGAGUGCCGGACGGGGUAGCGGGGGGUGCGGGAAGGAAGAACCGAUUAUCUUUUUCUCGCAUUCAUAUUUGCUCUAGCGGGGGGGAGAGUGAGUGGGAGGGAUGUUAGUUUCAUAUGAACAUCUUACUGCCGAGAGAGGCUGAGCAGCUUUGGGAUGGGUUCUUGUCGUGGAGCAGGUUCAAGGUGCUAGGCCCGGACGAAAUCAGCUCCGCGGGCGAGUCCUGA